GGGUGGGAAGACAAUUUGGCCCAUCAAAGGAUGUGAAGCCGUGUAAUUAAAACAAUUUGUAAACUAUAUUGAGUCUUAAAUAAACAACAAUACUUUGAUAAAUUGAAAUAAUUUUAUGUAAGAAACAUCUGUUCUUAUAGUCUGCAAAUAAUGUGUCUUUUCCAUAAAUGUUUAAUAUGUCAUUGCGGCAGACAUGUAUUGACCCCAGGUGGCAUCCCUGUAAGGUUAUGCAUGCAUCAAGAGCAGUAUAGGAGCUAAGAGAACUGAAAAAAACUGCGUAUUUCUACAAACGUGGUUGCUGAUUGCGCUAAUUUUACCAAGAAAAAAAGCAUUUUCAUUAACUGUACGACGUAAAUUUGCAUCGCAAUAUUGCGCAUUUGUUGUUGUUUCGAAAAAAUACACAGAAAAUAAGUAAAAUUGUUGGUGGAAGUCAAAAUAACUAAGGGAAUUUCGUUCCCAAACUAUUUGUGGUUAUGUUUUGAAGGCCAAAACGGAAAAGAAAAAUUCGAGCAGCGGCCCACAUUUUGUUGUUUGGGUGCACCGCAGGAUCUAUCACAAUUUUUCGUCCGUAGAAGAUUCAUCUAAGUGCUAUUCGACGACAGACGGACUCGGGAACAUAUCCGCGCGUUGUGUGAUGUAUGGACACUAAUUUCGAAGAUGCAGCUUCAAGUAAAGGCCAUAUAACAACGCCCACUAACAAUUAUGCGUAAUGCCGGACAAAAGAUGUCCGUCUUUUAAAGCAAUUGUUGUUCUCCAUGUGCAGAUUAUUUGAGGCGACAACAACAACACGCAUCGUUCAUUCGAAAUAAUUUGUGAAAAGUGCGAAGUGUGCAAAAAUGUUUGAGUCACACUACAUUAAUACAACAGCCGCCGCCGUGAAUGCCUCAUCAGUGAGCAGUAGUGGUAGUCCUAAUUGUCCUCCAACCUCAGCUUUAGCAGCAAGCGGUACAUAUGGGGCUGCAUGUUCACUGGCAAGUUCCACCAUAUCUACAAUGGCCACUAGUAUCUCAGCCCCCGCAACUGGAGCUAACGUUACCGCAACACGAAAAACAUCUAUGUCUGAGAGUCAGCAGUUUCCCAAAUAUUUGCAACAGUUGACAUUGGGUGAAAAUCUGGAGAAAUUUCCCGAUCAUCGGUGUCCUUUAUGCUUUCAGGCCAAACGCCACCAUGAGGUAAUAGAGGCCGUUAAAUAUGAGCGGCAGCCUUGGCGCAUACGCGAGCGCAUGAAGACAGCCAGCGUGGCUUUAGUGUUGUGCCUAAACAUAGGAGUCGAUCCUCCUGAUGUGAUCAAAAUUCAACCUUGUGCCCGUCUGGAAUGUUGGAUUGACCCCUCCUCUUUGUCGGCGCCCAAAGCAAUGGAUCUCAUUGGCUCCAAUCUGCAAAUGCAAUACGAACGUUGGCAGCCACGGGCCCGCUACAAGAAGUGCCACGAUCCCACUGUGGAAGAUGUGAAAAAGCUGUGCACCUCAUUGCGACGCAAUGCUAAAGGUGAGCGUAUACUAUUCCAUUACAAUGGCCAUGGUGUGCCCAAACCGACUGUAAAUGGAGAAAUUUGGGUGUUCAAUAAAACCUUUACCCAAUACAUACCCCUAAGCAUAUUUGAAUUGCAGACAUGGAUGGCUGCCCCUUCUAUUUAUGUUUACGAUUGCUCCAAUGCCGGCAUCAUUAUCCAAUCAUUUCUUCAGUUUGCCGAGCAACAUGAGAAGGAAGCCAAUCAACGUGUUCCACCGGGCGGCCCAGCCCCCUCUAUAUCGCCCAUGAUCAGUUAUAAGAACUGCAUCCAUUUGGCGGCCUGCUCUGUGGGAGAAAUUUUACCUAUGAAUGCCCAAUUGCCAGCAGACUUAUUUACGUCCUGCCUUACCACUCCCAUAAACAUUGCCCUCAAGUGGUAUACCAUGAGGGAAAAAUUCGGCCUAGUGCCGCAGUUGCAGAGUGAUGUCAUCGAUAAGAUACCAGGCAAAGUUAAUGAUCGUCGCACCAUGAUGGGUGAGCUGAAUUGGGUGUUUACGGCCAUAACGGACACCAUAGCCUGGAACACCCUGCCCCGUGAAUUGUUUCAAAAACUUUUCCGCCAAGACUUGCUGGUCGCCAGUUUGUUUCGCAAUUUUCUCCUAGCCGAACGCAUUCUGAGAUCACAUGAUUGCACCCCAGUAUCGCACCCUGCCUUGCCGCCCUGCUUCCGCCAUCCCAUGUGGACUGCCUGGGAUUUAGUGGUCGAUUUGGCCCUGCAGCAAUUGCCCGAUAUAUUGAAGGGAGGGGCGCCCUAUAAACAAUUGCCAUUUUUUGAAGAACAGCUGACAGCAUUUCAAGUGUGGUUGGAUCGUGAAUCCGAAUCGCGAACACCCCCCGAACAAUUGCCCAUAGUGCUGCAAGUGCUGCUAUCGCAAGUUCAUCGCUUGCGAGCCUUAGAACUGUUGGCCAGAUUCUUGGAUCUCGGUCCAUGGGCGGUAAAUUUGGCCUUGGGUGUGGGUAUAUUUCCCUACGUACUUAAAUUGUUGCAGAGUUCGGCCAAAGAACUGCGCCCAGUUUUAGUCUUUAUUUGGGCAAAAAUUUUAGCUGUUGAUCCCAGUUGCCAGGUGGAUUUGGUUAAGGAUCACAAGUACUUUUUGGCGGUACUACAGGACACUACGGUGGCCAAAGAGUAUCGCACCUUAUCCGCCUUCGUUUUGGCCUGUAUUGUAAAUAACUUCCUUUUGGGCCAAACGAGUGCUUUGCAAGGAUCACUAGUGUCCAUAUGUCUGGAACAGCUGAACGAUGAGAGUUGGCUUUUAAGGCAAUGGCUGGCAAUUUGCUUAGGCAUGCUGUGGCAUAAUUUUGAAAAGGCACGUUGGUCUGGCGUGCGUGAUUUGGCUCAUGAGAAGUUGUAUCCUUUGCUGAAGGAUCCCAUACCGGAAGUGCGCGCAGCAGCUGUAUUUGCCUUAGGAACAUUUAUAAGCUCCGUCACAGAUCGAUCGGAGGAGCACGCUAACAAUAUCGAUCGCAUUAUUGCCAUAACAUUACUUGAGAAUGUAGCCGAGGACAUGUCUCCACUGGUUCGUCUGGAAUUGGCUUCCGCCUUGCAAUGGAUGGUAUUGCUAUUCGAGUCCCAAUUUGUUACCGUCUACAUGCAGGAGCAUAUGACGUCACCUUCGGUGAGCAGUGAACGCAGUGCCAGUGUUAGCCAUGUUAUGCCCGGUGCCCCCCUCUCAACUGCCAGUGGUGGUCAUGGUGUGUUCCAUCAUCAUUCCACCCAUAGUCUGGAACGACAUGCUACGAUGCGACGUGGCGUCAGUUCAAGUUCAAUCUCAAACAUCAGCUCGUCUGCCAUACCAUUUCAGUCGAUAUUUCUCAAAUUGUGGCAAGGCAUCUAUCAGUUAAGUCAUGAUCCAUUCCCUAAAGUGGCGGAGACCGCAAGAGAGAUAAUCGGUUUCAUCAAGAAUGCUGCUCUGCUAUUGAUCACAGCAAAAGAGGCGGCCAAUGAAAAGUGCAUCAGCCUGAGUGUCAGUUUACCGCCAAGUCCCAAUACUCGCGUUUCCUAUCUGGGAGGUAGUGGAUCAGGGACCGGCGAAUCUCCUCCGGUUGGUGUUGGCAAUCCAGGAGUAGGCCAAGGCAGUGGCAGUCCCUGGGCAUCCAAGCUAAGAAAUAUGCACGACCCCCAGGCGAUGUUGCAUCGUAAACUUCGCACAACUUCCAUGAGUGAUGAGACGGACAGUGCAGCGCCUCAAAUAUCCAUAGCCCUGUCAGAGCCCGUAGGAGGCAAUAAUGGCGGUGAUGGUUCAGCUUCCGGUCACAGCAGUACAAGUGACACAAAUUUCGAGUCAAAAUCGCAAAGUCUUAAACCAAUUGUGACCACAGAGUUUAUACCAUGGGCCAUAUCAUACUUUACCAAGCCGGGAAAACAUCGCUAUGCCGCCGAUAAGAAUAGUGAGCGUAUCCAAAUAUUCCCCAUUGACAAAAAUGCCCCCAUUCUGCGGGCCAGAGAAUGCCGUUUUCAACGAAACCGCCAGAUACGCAGUCAGGCACGCAAUCAACAGUCAAGAUCGCCGCGCAUCGAUACACAAAGUUGGGUACGAAAAACACAGUCGACCCCAUCACUCGUACGCCUGCUGCCAUAUGAACAACAAAUUGCCGUGGCCUAUCGCGAAAAGGUUCUUUUGUAUGAUUGGCAACGCAAUACUGUGAGAACAUUUACACCAACAUCAGUGCCAUCGGCGGCGACAUCGUCACGCAACAGAACCUCAUCGGCCUCACCACCAGCUCAUGUUCCCCAAAAUAAUAGCGUGGCGCGAGUCAGUGCUAUUGAGUUCCUAAAUUCGCAAGAUAUGCCCUUGACCCUGGUGGGUCAUGAUGAUGGCGUGGUACGCAUUUGGCAACCCAAUGCUGGUAAUGGUACAGAUGAGUACAGCCGUGAUUGUCCAGGGCGUUUGGUGACCGCAUGGAUAGCUCUGCCAGCUAUGCAUGCUUCUUAUUUGGGAAAUUCGUCCAGUCUAGGGGGCUCCUGCACCAAGUACACACGCAAAGGCAUAACUGGCGAUGGAUGUGGUCUAGUUACUGCCUGGCAGCAGUGCUCUCAACAACUGGUUGUUGCUGGUGGCACCAGUCGAUUCCUUCGCAUCUGGGAUGUAGAACGGGAAUUGCGUCUUAGUGACAUUCCCAUAGGCAGUGAGCACAGCAUACGAGUCCUUUCGCCCUUUUCCACCAACAUGUCGAGUGAUAUAAUCGUGGGAGGAUGCGGCGAUGGCAGCGUACGACUCUACGACAAACGUUGUGCUCCGCAGGAGGCUCGCAUACGGGUCUACCGCGAACAUACAGGUGCAAUACUAAGUGCUUGUCUGAGAGAUACACAGACCACGCUGGUCACUGGAUGCUCGAACGGCAAAAUCAGUGUCAUAGAUUUGCGUUCCAAAAUGCCCAAUGGUGUUCUUAGUCAAUGGGAUGCGGGCAAUGAUGUCACGGUUAUUGCCUCGCAUCAAUCGGCCGAUAUGAUAGCAGCUGGUAGCGUCAAUAAAAUUACCAUCUACAGUAGUCAGCAGGGCGGCCGACUGCUGAGUACAUUGCGCAGCAAUGACAGCUUUAUGGGCCCCAAGAUAGGCCAUCCCACAUGUCUGGCUUUUCAUUUACACAAAAUAUCUUUAGCAGUAGGUUUCGUAGACAAUACGGUGGCUGUGUAUGAACCAUCGUCGUAGACAAUACGGUGGCUGUGUAUGAACCAUCACCAGUUUUAUAAAUUAUGUAGUCGCUGGCAAAGUGAUGUCGAUAAAAAUCCUCAAACAUUUGACAAUGUGCGUAAAUUUCUUCAAGGCGGAC